AUUUGUACGUGAACGUCGAACGUCGCGAAGUGUGCAAGAACGAGAUCCUCCGACGGCUGCACAGCCCGAAAAACGAAACCCGAUAACCGAUUAAUCAUCAAUUUUCCCACUUGUGUGUGAUUGUUGUUAAAAAAUUUCCACAGCAUAAAUAUUUAUUUGUGAAUCUGCAGUGUUAUGUGCGAAAUUGAUUAAAGUAAGCAGAGCAAUUGUUUAUUAAGUAGAAACAUCAAUGUGCGCCGAAUGGGCCUGUGAAAAAUGAGGAAUUGAAUAUGGCCAAUACAUAAAAUCCACCACAAAAAAUAAUGCUGACUGGCUGACUGACACCCUGCUCUCGACAAUACCGCAAACAAACGAUCAUAAUCGAGUCAUUCAUUUUUAAGUGCAUAAAAUAGCCGCUCAGUAAUAUUUGUUGUUGCUGCGGCUGCUGCUAUUCUGACAAAUACAUAACAGUGUUGCCAACUUGUUUGUGCUUCCUCAAAUAAUAUAGAAAGAGAGGGAGAGAGAGAGAAAAAAUACAAACGUCAGCUUGCAACAAAAAACCAAACUAAAUCAAAACAAAACAUUGAAAAAAGUGUCUGCUGUAGCCUACCAAAUUUUGGGGAUUACGACAGCAGCUCUCCCGAAUACAUUUCUUUUUUGGUGGAUUACAUUAACAAUUUGUAAAACUGGCGGAGGAGACGGCAGAAAAUUCCAACAUGAGUUGGGGUAUUGAAUUAUGGGAUCAGUACGACAAUUUAGCCAUACACACAAACAAAGGCAUUGAAUUCUUGGACAAAUAUGCAAAUUUUAUACGUGACCGUUUAGCGAUAGAAACAGAAUAUGCCGCCAAAUUGAGGCGUUUAGUGAAAAAUUAUCAGCCCAAGAAAAAAGAAGAAGAAGAUAAUGAAUUCACAUCAUGGCAAGCUUUCCGCAAAGUUCUCAAUGAAAUCAGUGACUUGGCUGGACAACGGGAAGUUGUGGCUGAAUCCCUGCAAUUACAAAUCAUACAAGGCAUUUCAUUGCUCUCCAAAACCCUAAGGGAAGAACGAAAAAAAUGUCUUUCCAACGGUACCAUUUUACAUCAAAACCUCACCACACAACUGGCGGCAUUGGAACGGGCUAAACGUAACUAUGAGAAAGCUUAUCGUGAUUCGGAAAAGGCCGUUGAAAAUUACAAAAAGGCUGAUAUGGACUUGAAUCUGAGUCGAGCCGAGGUGGAACGUUACAAGAAUAUUAUGACGGCAAAGAUACAACAGUCAGACGAUGCCAAGAACGAGUAUGCCAAUCAAUUACAGAAAUCAAAUAAUCUGCAGCAACAGCAUUAUCAUGAACUAUUACCGGAGGUAUUUAAUCGACUGCAAGAAUUGGAUGAAAAGAGAACCCGUGGCAUUAGAGAAUUCAUUAUUAGUGCCGCCGAUGUAGAGUCCUCUGUAGCACCCAUCAUUGCCCGGUGUCUUGAGGGCAUGGUAAAGGCCGGCGAAUCAAUUAAUGAAAAAGAAGAUUCAUAUAAAGUUAUCGAAAGAUAUCAAUCUGGUUUCACACCACCAGGCGAUAUACCUUUUGAGGAUCUUUCCAAAAUGGACACUCUUGAUACAUCCCAAGAGUCCCACUAUAAUCAUGUACAGUCCAGUCAUUUAACCGUUAAGGGUACCAUAAGUGCUAAUAAAAUUAAGAAACGUGUGGGGAUUUUCAACAUCUUUGGCAGUAAUAAGAACUCCCUAACUGCGGACGGACAAAAGGAAGAUUUCAGUGAUCUGCCACCCAAUCAACGACGCAAAAAACUCCAAGCCAAAAUUGCCGAACUGCAACAGAAGAUCCAGCAAGAGACGGCGGCCCGCGAUGGCCUGAUGAAAAUGAAAGUCGUCUAUGAGGCCAAUUCAUCGCUGGGCAAUCCCAUGACCGUUGAGGGCCAGCUCAAUGAAUCCGAACAUAAAUUGGAAAAACUAAAAAUGGAUUUGAAAAAAUAUCAAGGUUAUUUGGAGAAAGCCAAUCAAAUACCCAUUGCCAAUAAUAGCCCGCAAGCCAAUCGCACUCACAGUAUGAACAAUGGCCAUCGAUCGUCAAGGCAUUCCAAUGGUAGCACCGAGGACAACAAUUUCGAUGGCGAUUUCCAUCCAGACGAUGCUGGUAGUUUAAGCAGGUCAGAUUCUGAGGAUAAUGUGGCGCAAAUUCAAAAUGGCCAUAAUAAUAACAAUAACGGCAGUUCGGCAAGUCCUGAAAGUGGAUUGGGUACAUCACACACCUCGUUACCGGGAUCCGGUCAUGGUAGUACCCAUGAAAAUGCAAUUGGUGAGGAUGCCUAUUAUGAAACAGAAAUGGAACCCCUACAGCCGCUGGGAACGUGUCGAGCUUUAUAUCCCUUCGAAGCCACAAGUGAGGGUAGCAUACCCAUGAAUGAGGGCGAAGAACUACAAGUGAUUGAAAUUGAUCAGGGUGAUGGUUGGACGCGUGUGCGUCGCAUUAACAACACAAACGGCUGGGAUGAAGGUUUCGUGCCCACAAGUUAUAUUGAAUGUACACUAUAUGCUUAAGUCCCCAACCACCACACACCACACAGUCUAUCUAAAGAAACAAAAGAAAACAAACAUUAACUACUAAUUUGCUAAAUGCGACAAAAAAUAUAAAUACAUAUACAAAUUAAACAUAAAAGAAAAAAAGAAAAAAAUUCAACAACAAACUUACUAUAACCGGAUGAAAAUUAUAAUUUGAGUAAAGCCAGAAAAAAAUGAAACAAAAAAUCAACAAUUUUCCGUUUUAUUUUAUCAUUAUCAUUCAACCAUAUAAUGUAUUCUUUUUUUAGUUUUGCAGUUAUUUUUUUUUUUUUAUUAUUAUUAUAAUUAUUUUUAUUUUAAUUAAUUACAAAGAAAUAGUUUGUACCACGAAAAAAAAACAAUAUUAAUAGACUUUGUUUAUUUUUUAAAUAUAUAAAUAAAUAUAAAUAUUAUUUUACAUGUCUAUGAUGUAAACAUAAAAAAUAGAACUAUAAAUAAUAAUAAUUUUUACGCGCUUAAGUUGUAUAUUUUUAAAAUUGUUUUUUUUUUUUCUUUUUCUAAAUAAUUUAAUUUUUGGUGUUUUCCAAAAAAAAAAAAAAAAAAAAAUGCAAAGAAAAUAUGCUUAAUUUCCAUGACCAAAAUUGGCGGUGUUCAUCUUCUUCCUCUCUUUAAAACAAAUGCAAUUUUUGCAGUAUUUAUUGUUUCUUUUGUGUAAAGCAUUAAAAUUUUGCUCCUCCCUAACAACCGACAUAUAUGAAUUUAACAAACAGUGGUUUAUUAAAUAAUAUCAGAAGUGUAUUUUUGUUGAGUUUAAAAACCUUUGCAAAAUAUAUAUUUUGCAGUUUUCAAUUCGAAAGGACUGGAAUAGUAUAAAAUUGUUCACUACCUUUUAGUAAAAUAUAAAAAAACAUCAAUCCUCCCGCUUUCAUAAAUGGAUGUGAAUUUUUUUAUAUAUUUAUCUGUUAGGAUCAAUGCCAGACAAUUUUUAUAUUGGGAUUAUCCCAUAUCCUUCUUAACAAACGUUCAUCAACAUUUGCGUAUAAUGCUCCCAAAAAUGCUAUGAUUUGCAUCGAAAAAAAUUGAACGAAAAUUCAAGGGCCAAAUUCUUGAAUGUGAUAUUGAGAAAAAUUUUAAUCGGAAUGAAUUUGUAUAUGCCCAAUCAUAGAUUGACAAAAAUUGAAAUGUUGAUAAAAAACAACUAAUGUUUAGCUUCAUUAUUUGAAAUUUAGAUCUUUCGGCCGAAUUUUUUAUUUUUAAUUAAAAUAGAAUUUAUAUAUGAAUUUCCUGUUUUUUUAUGAAGAUUCGAAAGUGAACUCGCCAAAACAAUAUAUUCCUUGUGUAUUUUUUUAAUUUUGAAUUUUUAUUUAAUUAAAAGUAAUAUUCCUGGGGCUGUAUUCUUGUUCUAUGAAAAUAUGAAAUUAAAAAUAUUUCCUUUAUAAAUUUUUUAAAAUUAAAUUUAAAUUUAAAUAAAAUUAAAAUUUAAAAUUAUUUUAUAUUUUACAUUUUCAUAGAACAAGAAUCCAGCACCAGGAAUAUUAUUUUUAAUUAGAUAAAAUUUAAAAUUAAAAAAAAAAUAUAUCCUUGUGUAGGUUGUUUUUUUGUCGAGAAUUGAGGCCAUGGAGUUGUUUUUUUUUCUUUCGAAUUCACUUUCGUAUUCUCAUACAAAAAAGGAACUAAAAUUAAUUUCAAUCGAAAUGUUUUCGAUAUCGAAUACAAAAAUUGAUUCCUGGAUUUGUAAAUACUUUCCCUGUUUUUAUGUAUGAAGUUUGUGUCUAGAAAGUAUGACUGAAAAUUUCAUAGCUUUAUAAGUUUUUUUCAUGGACAAGUUCCAUGCUAAUCUAAAUUAUAAUCGUUUCGGACAAAUUCGAACAAAAAACGUUGAAAAAUAUAAUUUAUAGUCCGAAUUUUUAUGCAGCCGAUUCUAUUUAAAAAAGUGAAAAUUAUUUCUGAUAAAUUUGUCAUCUCAAAUAAGUUUGAAAAUGCCUAUAUAGGAGAGUAUAUGGAAGAUAUUAGUUAAAGAUAAAUACCUGUGUAAUCGAGAGAAACGACCCUUUGUCUUGAAGCAACAUUUCAACAAAAUUUCAAAUCAAAAAUGCAAUCUUUAAAUGUUUGACCUUAAAGCCAGAAUCAUCGAAUAUGCUGUAAAGCACAAGAACUAUAAGCCAUAAUUUUUUAUUAUGAACACUAUUUGGAACUUUUGCCCGUUUUGCAAACAUUCCGAUUCCCAUUUUUUUAAAUUGAUUUAAUUCAAAAAGAAUAUGUAAGAUUGCAUUUAAUUUGAUUUAAUACUUUAGUGAUAUUCAUUUAUUUUCAUUGCUGAUCAGGUGUAAAUUCUUUAAAAUUUUUGAGAAAAAAUUUCUUAAAGUAAUUUUUCGGUUUAAUAAAAUUUAUAAAAUUGACUAGUUUUCCAUGAUUUAUGCCAUUUUUUUUUGUGUAGAAAUUCUAGUCUGCAAUGGCAGAUAAAUUGAAGAUGGAUUAACAAGUGUUUUUUUUUUUUUUUUUUUGAUUUUGGUUCGUGUUUUGUCUUUGUGGUCAACUGUCUCAAUUUAAAGUCAAAAAAGUGCAAACAAAUUUUGACAUUAAAUUUGUUUUGAAAAUUUUACAGGAUCGCCUUAUUAUUGCGUCAUGGUUCUAAGCUCCUAAGGUCGUAUAAAAGAAGACUCAGAUUAUUGCAAAUAAUUGAACUUCGAAUUCAUGAGGAACUUUUAACUGAUUCUUCUCAAUGAUUCAUUCUUUUAGUUAAAAUUUCAAGAAAAUGAACCUGAAUUAGGUUUUUUUUUUAAAUUUGGUUCAGAUUUUGUCAUUGUGGCAAAAUUAUUGCCCGGUUUGAAAGCUUAUCCACAUUUAUAGAAUCACCUUGUUAUGAGCUCCCAAGCGCGGAGAAAAAAUCUGAAUAAUGCAAAUAAUUGAACUUCGGAUUCAUGUGGAAUUUUUAAUUUGCCCUUCCUCUUCUCAAUCACUCUUUCUUUUAGUUGCAAUUUCAAGGACUUGAACCCUAAUUGUAUCGAGGAAUAUUCCCUAAUUUAAUGAUAAUGAGAUAGCAUGUUACUACAACAGUCAUAGACUAAAGAAUGUAUAGAGAAAGGAAUGUUUGUUUUCAGCACGUUUUUGCAUAGUCAAUAUACUGAUUCAGCCCGUGGGCCAACUCGACCUCGAAAACACAUUUUUUCGUUUUUUUAGCGAUUGGACUUGAUUGAUUUGACUACUUUUUGUUAUGGACUAGGUUCCAACUGAAAAAUAUCCUAAUGUUUUUGAUAUUUUUGACUUUUUAAAUUUGAGUGACUUCAAUAUUUUCCCUCCUACCGAUCCAAAUUUUGCCAGGAUAAGCGGUAAGAGCAUUCCGUCGUCUAUAUAUUCAUUGAAUAUAAAUACUUUCUAUUUCAUAUUUGUUUCUACUCAAAACCCUUACAUAAACCACUGGUCUUUAAUACAGGAUUCUAUUUUUAUUUUCGAUAUAUUUCAUUUUUCGUUAUUUCCCUCUUUUAUUUAUUUUUCUUUUCUUAUUUUUGAUUUCUUUUCACAUAUACACUAAGUUCUAUUGUCUAUGAAACAUAAAUAACAAGAAAACAGGAAGAAAAUAUUUGUGAAAUAAAAAGCAAAACUGAAAAGCUUUCAUCAAAGAAAAGAACAAAAUGUAACGUUUCAAUCUACACCCACUCUCUCUCUCUUUCUCUUUAACUAACUAAUGCAUAUAUCAAUAUUGACCUGAAACUAUAUAGAAUCAAUCCACACAUAGAAAUUAAAAAAAAACGUUUUACAAAAUAAAAACUGUGCACAAGAGAACUUUAACCAAAACAAAUCAAACUAAAAGAAGAUAAUAUUGAAAGAAAUAAUGAAAAAAAAAAAAAAAUAAACAGUAACACAAAUUUUUAAAAUAUACAAUAUAAAAUGAAUCAAAAACAUACUUCUGUAAGGUAAUAAAUUUUAGAUUAUGUUUUUCCUGUUUCUUUGCCUAAAUUUAUAUCGAUUUUGUAAAAUCAGUACUGGGACUGGAUUCUGAUUCCAUGAAAAUAUGAAGUGAAUUUCCUUUAUGUGGCGUUUCCACUGCACUUGAUUCGCACUCUAUUCGUUGUUUGACCCUUAACUAUGAAAAAACUACUUAAUUCUUCACACAAAAUUUCCUGAGCGAACACUCAUAUUUGUACAUUGUUCAAAUAAAAUCACUCUCAGAACAACGAAAAAAUAUGUCCCAUCCCUAACAAAUGAGAGCAUUUAUCGAAAAAAUUAAUUAUGACAUUUAAAAAUUGAAAAUAGAAAAAUUUAAUGAAAUUUUGAAAAAUUUUGGGAAGACUGAAAUUUAUGAAUGAAAACUACAAUGUAGAAUAGCGUAUGUACAUUCAAACGAAAGUAAAUUUUGUUUUCUCUCUCAUCCGAGGUACGCAUUUUGUCCACAAGUUGAAAUUACCACAGAAAACAGGAAACAAAAGAGGUAAUAUUUUCAAAAUAUUUGUAUCGGCAGAAAAAAUGUUUGACAAGUGUCUCUCCAGCAGAAUUUAAAAAUAGAAAAAUACAAAAAUAUGUUCAAAAUGUCAACAUUUACACAACAAGUUGGAAACGUGAAUGAAAAUUAUAAAAUUAAUGUUUUAAUAAAUCUUUGGGAGAAAAAUAAUCAUUUCUUCUAUCCAUAUUAGUGAGAAUUUAAUGUAUUUUAGUAUAAAUUCCCAUUAAAAUCAACAAACAAAAUUUUGAAAAAAAGGAAUUAUUUUACUAUGAAUUACGAAUCGUGCCGUAUGAACGGGUUAAUUCGUGUACAUAAUUCUGAGAGCGAACAACGUUGUUCGGUUUCCAAUGGAAACAUGCUAUUACAAAGUUUUCAUUUGAUAUUUUUUUUUCCUUAAUAAAAGGUUUCAUUUCACAUUUUCAUGGAACAAAAAUUAAACCCCUGCUCUGUUCCAAGAACCAACUAGUUUUUAUAAGUUUUUCAAUAUCAUAAGGAAGGAAGGAAGGAAGAAAGGGAUAUCGUAGUAAAUUUUUUUGAUUCCGGCAGGUUUUGGAACAGAGCGUAUAUAAAAUGCGUACAUUUAUGGCUUUAGUUUGACAAUAGCCACUGCCAGUCAUGCAGAAAUUUUUAGAAACAUUUUGAUAUUGUAAAUUGCUGAACAGCUGAUCCUUAAAAAAAUCAAUUCCAUAAAAUCUAUUAUUAUACCCUCCACCAUAAUAAGGAGGUUAUAUCAUGUUUGUCAUUUCGUUUGUAACACCUCGAAAUAUACAUUUUAGACCCCACACAGUAUAUAUAUAUUCUUGAUCAGCAUAAAAUUCUAUGUCGAAUUAGCGAUGUCCGUCCGUCUGUGGAAAUCACUCUAGCUUCCGAACGAAUUGAAGUAGAUUGAAGUAGAUUUGAGUAAAUUUUACUCAAAUGUAUAUUAUGUCUGCAGGACUUUUGAUAUUGAAAAUGGGUCAUGUAGGUCCACGUCUUCAUAUAGCCCCCUUGUAACGGUACCUCCCGAUAUGCGGUAUUUUGAUGCUUCUAGCGACAUUUUUUACCGAAAUUGUUUCAAAAUCAAUACUUAAAGUUCGUAAUAGAUGCUACGGCUUAAGACAGAAAAUGGCCCAUGUAGGUCCACGCCUUCGUAUAGCCACCAUAUAAUGGUACCUCCCGAUAUUCGGUACUUUGUUGAUUUUAGCGACAUUAAUCACUGGAGUUCUUUCAAAUUUGGUAUUUGAUGUUCGAAAUGGAUGUUAGAGCCUAUGACAGAAAUUGUCUAUGCAGGUCCAGGUCUUCGUAUAGCCGCCAUAUAACGGUAUCUCCUGAUAUUCGGUAUUUUGAUGAUUUAAGCGACAUUAUUCACCGAUUUUUUUUUAAGUUUCGCAUUUGUUACCUAUGCAGGUCCAUGUCGUCGUUUAGACCCUAAUGUAAUAGAUAUAUUCAGAAUUUUUAAGUUUUUAACAGAAUUUUUAACGGUUUUUAUUUAUUUAUUUUUUUUUUUUUUUGAGAAUUGCCAAAUUCGUUCCAAAUGGUGAAGGGUGUUAAAAGUUCGGCCCGGCCGAACUUACAGCUUUUUUUACUUGUUUAUUAUAUAGUUCUUUAUAUUUUGCCGAAGAAGGGAAAUGUACUCUUACAAUUUUUAUAAAUUUUUAAUAAAAAGGCCAUGGACUUCAUCAUCCAAAUUUCAAUUCCAUUUAGUAAGGAUAUCUUGGAAGUUUGAUAAAAAAGUGAUCUUUGAACAAAUGCCUAGUGAAGAAUUUGUUCAAAUCCAUCACUUAACUAAAUCCAAAUACAAUAGUUGCUAUUUUCAAAAAAGUCAUGUAUUACAAAAACUAAGUCCUUUGCUAUUUCUUGAAAGACGAUUGGCUUUUGUAGUGAUUUCUAUGUUUUUAUUUUCAAUUUUUAACCAGACCCCUUUAAUACAAUUUCAAAUAUAUUUCUCCCAAAAAUGUAUAAAACGUGUGUUGUGUUUUUUAAGUAUAUUUUUCUUUGCUUUGAUAUAACUUUUUUUUUAAAUAGCCCUCCUUUGUUUGUGUGUAAUGUAUGUAGUUAAGUUUAAAAUUACAAAAAUAUAUAUUAAGUUUUAAGUCAUUGAUUUGCAAAAAAAACCAUUAGUCUUUGUUGUUUGACUUUAAAAAAAUAAGAAAAAAAAAUCGAUAACAACAAAACACCUUAUACUAGUUUCUAGUUAUAAUUUGAUAUCUAAUGCUAAUGCUAAAAAUAUAUUAAAUUUUGAUAUGCUUAAAAUUUAAUCUAAAACAAACGCCAACAAAUUAAUUUUAAAACUAUUUCUUUUCCAAAAAAAAUGAAAGAAAAAAGAAAACUAAAAUUAUGAAGAGAAAAAAAUUCCCCUCCCAAUGCUUAGCUGGAUACUGGCAUUUCGUUUUAUUAAUUAGCUUAAUUAUUUCGCAAUUUUUAUUUCCUUAGCAUUAAACAACCAGAAAUAUGUUGCCUUUAUUCUUUUAUAUAUAUACACAUGACUUUAUAUAUAAAUAAAACAAAAAAUCUAUCUUUUAUUAUUAUUAUCUAUAUGUAUAUCUACAACUAAAUAUUUUGUAUAUUUGUAAUACUUUUUCUUUUAACAAUAAUUUUGCUAUGUUCUAUUUUCAAAUUAUUUAAAAAAAUAUACUUUCUCUGGAACUAACAACCCACAAACAUUAAAAAUUGAGAAAAAUAAAUAAAAUAAUAAUUACUAAAUAUUUAUAUAUACAAAAUUUGAAAAAAAAAAAAAAAAAAAAACAACUACAAUUCAGAGAUAUAAUCAACAUCAAUUGAUACCGAAAAAAAACGCCCACAUUCACAGACAAACACACACACAUAACCACACAUCCUUUUACAUAAAUAUUAUUAAUAAAAAAAUAAUUAAUUAAAUAAUAAUUAUAUAUUCAAAUAACAACAAUAUAUUCUGUAUUUAAAAGAAAAAAGAAGAAUUAUUAAAUAAUACUAAAUAAUUGAACGAGAACAA